AUGAAGCACUUCCACACCAUCUAUGAUUAUUCCAACAUCUUCCAGCUUAUCUGUUGGUUCUGCACCUUCUUUCUUUAUGGCAAAGACUCCCAGGACCGUCUGCUCCAUAGUCUGAUGUGUGAGACUCACAAGAUUAAGAAAGGAGACAGAGGGGACUUCUACCCUUUUGUCUUUAAUGACAUCAGGGGACUGGAGAACAAUGGUGAAAACGGACUCAGUGUGGAAGACAUCAAACUGGCCUUAAAGGGACACGUGCCUGAUGGUUACACGUUCAAUCCUGCAUCUGCACUGUCAGACAAGGCCUCUGACUACAACUCUUCACCCUCUGUGGAUGACAGAGUUCAUCUUCUGGUUUGUGUCUGUUCUGCUAGCACAUCAGAAAUUAAAGAGUCCGUUAUGCGGAAGAUGAAAGAAGUCAGAGAAAUAGCCAGUGACCUGGGAAUUCCCCAAGUAGCUAUUGUCACUAAAAUUGACAAGGCCUGUGAUGAAAUGGAAGAAGAUCUGAGGAACGUCUACAAGAGCAAACACCUGAAGAAAAAGAUGACAGACUUAAGCUCUCAGCUUGGUAUUCCAGUGAACUGCAUCUUUCCUGUGAAGAACUACAGUUCAGAAAUCGACAUCGAUGAUGAUGUUGACUCUCUGAUCCUGAGCGCUCUGAGACGGAUGAUUAACUUUGGAGACGACUUCAUUAACAACAUGUAAAACUACUUACUGCAGAA